AUGACGAGCGCUGUGGACGUCGAGGAUUCACCCUUUUUCCAAGAGAAACUGGCUUCCGGAGGCUUGGUCGUGAGAGACUUACCAAAGUUCGACCUUGAUUCCUAUAUUCAGCACUAUGAUGAUCGUACUCGGUUCGAUCGCCUCAUGCUCAUCGGCACAACGUCUACAGUCCUCUCUCUAGAUGCCCUUCGAUUGGCAGUCCAGCAAGCUGAACGCGGAAAAGAUGUGGAGGCAUACCUCACAGCUACCAGUGCGCUAAGCCAGGUUGCACCAAACGAUCCUGCCGGUCAGGUAGAUCAAAAGCUGGUUGAUCACAAGUUGAAGGUUAUCAAGGCUGAGAGUGAAAGACUAGAGAAAGAAUUGAAAGGGUACCGGAACAAUCUCAUCAAAGAGAGCAUACGAAUGGGCAACGAAGACCUUGGUCGGCACUAUUACUCUACUGGCGAGCUCGCGGAAAGCUGGAAAGCAUAUCAGCGCAUGCGAGACUACUGCACAAACGCAAACAACAUUGUCGACAUGUUAUUCCGGUUGAUACUCGUCGGCAUUCAGCAGAAGCAAUGGCAGUCGGUUAUGUCGCAGCUCAUCAAAGCCAACUCGUCGGGCCAGAAGAGCGACAGUAGGACAGAGCAUGAGCCCAUCAUCAAAGCUCUGAUGGGGCUGUGCAGCAUGGAAAUGGGCAACUUCCGACAGGCGGCGAAAGAAUUCAUGGUGACGAAGUUUGCAUACGGCAACCUUGAGAAUCAGGGACAAAUUGCAUGGCAAAAAGAGGUUCUCACCCAGAAUGACAUUGCAGUAUAUGGCGGUCUCUGUGCGCUAGCAAGCAUGGAUAGGGAAGAGCUGCGAGAAAAAGUCCUAAACAACCCGGAAUUCCGUCAAUAUCUCGAGUUAGAACCUCACAUCCGACGCGCAAUCUCUCUUUUCUGCUCGAGCAAAUACUCCGCAUGUCUUGAGCAGCUCGAUGCGUACCGGACCGAUUACCUGUUAGAUGUCUACCUGAAUCCCGUACUGCGCAUGUUAUACGGCACGAUCAGAAGCAAGUGCAUAGUACAAUACUUCAUUCCAUUCGAGUGCGUUACGCUUGAAGAGAUGACCAAUGCGUUCCAAUCUACUGGAGAGGGGAAAAUUGAGACUGAACUUGUCGAAAUGAUUGAGAAAGGCGUCCUCAAAGCUCGCAUAGAUCUCGUGGAGGGGCUUCUCAUCGCUCCCAAAACCAAUUCCCGUCAUGCUGUACAAGAGGAUGCUAUCAAAGCUGCAAAGGCUUAUGAAAAUACACUACGUCUUCGUUUACUACAGUUGAAUAUGAAAGCUGCAGGCCUGGAGAUUAAGAGCAGUAAACAACAAGGGGGCACAGCAUCGGCACCCUCAUGGGAGGGUGAAGAUAGCGAGAUGGGUGGUACAAGGAGGGGUGGUCGAAGAGGUAUCUUCAGCUGA